AUGGCGGUGGCCGAAUGGAACAGGAUAGCUACGAGCCAAAAGCUGGUUAAAGCAGCCAAAAUCCUCAACAUACCCAUCCUGAUCACAACCCAGAACGCCGCGCGCCUGGGCUCCACGGUCCCGGAACUCACGGACCUGAUACCCUCGAGCAGUCCCGCGGUGAUCGACAAGACCGCCUUCUCGAUGCUCGUGCCGGAUCUCCAAUCCCAGCUCUCAUCCCUCACAACCGCGCCUCGCGAGAAAUUAUCCGUCCUCCUCGUCGGCAUCGAAACGCACAUCUGCGUCACCCAGACGACCCUCGAUCUUCUCGCGGCGGGCCACAGGGUCUACGUGAUCGCCGACGGCGUCUCGUCUUGCAACGCCGCCGAACGACCCGUCGCAUUGGCGCGGCUCGCGAGGGAGGGCGCAACCGUCACGACCUCCGAGAGCGUGCUCUUUGAACUCGUCGGCGAUGCUAAGGAUGAGAACUUCCGCGCCGUCAGUGGGCUGGUCAAAGAUACCAAGGAGGAGACUAAGCUCGCUGUGGAGACGUUUUGUCGCUUGUAA